AUGUUGACCCCGUCGACAGGUCCCAACACGGGAGCUUCCAGCCAUGUAUCGCAACCAGGCGCGGCGGGAGGAAUAUGGCGUCCACCACCUCACGGCGAUGCGGCUGUUCCCUCCGCAGAGCAGAAUAGCAGAGAAAGCCUCCUAGCUCCCGGCGGCCCAGCCCACGGCGCGACGAGUGCUACUACCGUCAAGGGGUCGAGCAGCAAGGUAGUCCCAGGGAAGAAACCGGCACAGCCUGUCAUCAUACCUGCUCCGCCAUACAAUCCGGAUACCUACCUCGACAUAUCCCCUCGAUUACCAAUCUCAUGGCUCAUCUCACGUACCAAGAAGGAUUACAACACCUUUGGCAUUAGCAGUGACUUCUUCAUGAGCAGUCACCUCGACGCGGCCGUAGAAAAGGGGCUGAAAAGGAAUGCCAAGCUGCAGACGCUCGACUAUCUUUCCCCCCUUCCAUCCUCUGAUCACCCAUACAUCAUACACCUGCGGAAGGGCAAGCAAUGGAUCGUCGAGUACGAAAGCCAGUACAAGAUCGACGUCGGUAGGCCUCCGCCCCUCCCGGGCAAGCCAUACAAGGACCUGCCCGCUGCGCCCAGGCCGGUCAGGGGGCGGACGUCUCGUCACACCAUCGCGGUGAGAUUGGCCAGCUACAGCGAGAUGUCGCAGACGGACUGGCCCAGGUGGAAGGAGCAUCGAGCGGGAUGGAAGGCGUGGCUCCUCGAUCCAAGGGCGGUCCGGAGGAUCGUUGGCGUAGACCUCCAUAGCGCAUUCGAGGAGCCGGACGUCACACUGGACGAGACGCUGGCCUGGCUGGCUGCUCGUCGGCGCCUCGAAUGUGAGCCCAUCACCUCCGUCUACCUACCCUGUCCAGGCAACGUCACCCUCGACCGCGCCCAGGCAAUCAUCUCAUCCCUACCGCUCGAGCUUCGAUCUCUCUGGAUCGCCGAGUCCAUCCUUACCCCCUUCUCCACCACACAACUCGCUUUCGACGCUCGAGGUCGAACUCUCCCUCGGCUCCGCGAUCUCGUCGUCUUCUCGCCCGCGUCCGAGCGGUCCAUGUACACGUCGCCAAUCUCUGGUCUCCCCACGCUCCGGACGUUUUCGUUCCAUCACAAUCGCAAAGCUCCGCCCGAAGCCGCACUGGAAUCUGCGCAUCUUUUUGCUGGGAUCGCAACCAGGCAAUGCGUCUAUCAGGAUAUGGACAUCCGGUAUGACAAGGAUUGCAAGCCGUUUGAUGAUGCAGUCAGGCGGGCGAAGGGGUGA